CUUCCGCUUUCGGUUUGUUGGAAAAAUAAUAAAAAUGUGAACAUCACAAGUUGUUAAAUUUAACACCACUAAAGCCAUAAGUAUAUUAUUCUAGUGAAAUUAUGAUUCUUACAAAAAAUUUCACGAUAAUCAUACUAUAUUUAUCAUUGUCAUUAGUUUCUGGAGAAUUUAUGACUGCAGGGGUUGUGGCUGUGGGCUCUGCUAUUUCUGCAGGCUUACUGGCAGGGUUCAAUGUGAUAAACUGUAUGAUUUAUGAAUGUUGUACUGACAGAUGGUUGAAAGCAAAUUACACAGAUCUGAAAUUAACCUUAGAUGCUAAGUUAUAUGGACAGCAUCUGGUUAUUGAACCUAUAGUGAAGCAUCUGAAAGCACAUGGUAAAGAAAACCCAAGUAAAGCCCUUGCUUUGUCUUUUCAUGGGUGGACAGGAACUGGCAAGAAUUAUGUUAGUCGUAUUGUGGCUGAAAAAUUGUUUGUUAAAGGAAUGAAGAGCAAAUAUGUACAUCUUAUCUCAGCCACGAAAGAGUUCCCACAUAAAGAGAUGGUACCAUUUUAUAAGGACAAGUUACGAGACUUCAUAGAAGCACGUGUGAAAGAGUGUCCUCGCUCGUUCUUCAUAUUUGAUGAGAUGGACAAAAUGCCAGCAGGAAUUAUUGAUACACUCAAACCUUACCUGGACUUCUAUGAAAAUCUUGGUGGAGUUGACUACAGGAAGGCAACUUUCUUCUUUUUAAGUAACACAGCAGGUAAUGAUAUAGCAGAGAGAACCAUUGCAAACUGGAAGAGUAACAUAGACAGAGAAAGUAUCAAACUAAAAGAAAUGGAGGAAGUUAUCAGGCUUCCUGCUCUCAACAACAAAAGUGGCAUGUGGCAUAGUGAACUCAUUCUGAAGAAUUUAAUAACAGCGUAUAUACCAUUUCUACCAUUAGAGAGAGGUCAUGUUAAACAGUGUAUUAAAGAUGGACUUGUAUAUAAAGGGUACUACAAAUCAGAAGAAGAAAUUUCUGAUGCUAAAGUACAAGAAAUUGCUGACGAGCUGCAGUACUAUCCAGAAGGGAUAAAUAUAUUCUCCACCACGGGUUGUAAACGUAUCCACGAGAAAAUAGACUUCAUAAUGGAAGAGCUUUGAGGAAAUUAUUUAGUACCAUGAAAGAAUAAAUAUAUUCUCAACCACGGGCUGUAAAUGUUUUCACGAGAAAAUGGACUUCAUAAUAGAAGAGCUUUGAGGAAAUUAUGUAGUAACCCAAUGGUAUUGGUAUAAUUUCAACUACAGGCACAAGAAAACAGAAGUCAUAAUAAAGACCUCUAAGGAACUGAAAGUAUUAUUGUUUUGCUUAGACAACGGGUGUUUUAUGCAUUGUUGUGAAAAUAAACAUAUUAUUUGAAGAACUCUAACAAACUUCAGUGCUAUUUUGAAAGAAUGUUAACUAUUCAACUAUAGCGGUUAUAUUAUGGGAAAAAAACUGUAACAAACUUCUUGUGAAUUCCUGAAGGUAUAGAUUCAUGUUUGUUUUUAACCAUAGGCUGUAGAUGAAAUCAUGAGAUAAUAGACUUCUAUAUGGCAGAGCUGUUAGAAAUACUUGCUUCACAGACACAUUAUAUGGUCAAAUUAUUCUGACCAGGGCCAAAAAAAUAUUGUAUCACAUAUUUUGGUGUUGUUAUUUUCUUAAUAAUUCUGAAAAAUUGUAGCCGUCCACAUACUCUGCAUGAUUCAAUUUGACAGAAAAAUGUGUUGUUAGGGUUAAGGAAAGUUGUUUUAGUACAUAGGCUAUGUCUCUUUAAAUGAAAUAUUGUGUAUAUUGUAAACUAGGUUGACAUAUGUUGCUCUUUUCCCCUUUAAAUGGACUCCAUCAACGUUUUUUAAAAUGUAGAGGCUGGAACUAAUUUUUUGAGGUAAAUGUUUCAUUUGAUUUAGGUCUAGACCAAUAGUUUAUAACUUGUGUGCAAAAUUUUAGAUCAUUCGCUCACUCCGUUUUCCCAGAAUAAUUAGUCUAAUUGGUAAAAUUGACUUAAAAUUGAGAAUAGCACAGAAAUAUGAUUUUCAAUUUUUUUUCUAAGUAUAUUUUCUAAUUUCACCUGCAUUAAGUGUUCUGAUCGAUCUAUGUAAGAAAUUCAAAUUUUAUAAUUUCAGGUUUUUCACCUCUGUGGAGUUCCUUUAAUUUUCAUAAGUUGGAAAUAUCAGUAAAACUGGAAGUUAGCUUGCAGCAUUUAAUUGAAUAUCUAAUGACAAUAUCAAUUCAGUUUCAAAUAAGAUAAACUGAAAUCAAUAUUUUUGUUAUGAGAAAUUAUUUAUAUUAUUGUGACAGAAUAUAUUAUAGAAGUACAGUUUGGUGUGAGUGCAUGUGAGGUCUGUAGUUUGAUCACAAGCCAUAAUAAAUGAAAAAAAAAGCUCUAGGGUCUUUCAUUGCUUUCAUUGUGCAUGUAGUGUUUUAUACAGAGUUAGAUUCUAUCAUAUUGUCAAUUUAGUGCAAUAACAAGUUAACUACAAUUAAAUUAUAUAAGGAGUUAACCCUUUACUGCACUAAGGUGAAGAUAUAUAUUCUAUUUGUUGUCAUUGUGAUAUUUUGUAAGUUUAUUUAUAUGCGAGUCAAGAACUAUCAUCAUACCACAGGUUAGUAAUGUCCUAGUACAACUAAUUUUACUUCACAUUGAGAUAUUGUGCUACUUUGUGUAUGAGCAAUAUCUUCCCUCUCAGAACCGAGAUUCUGACCCAGAACAAAAAUAUCUCAGAAUCUAACUUUGGCAUAUCAAAAUAUUUUGACUAGUAAAUUGAAAUCACUGUAUGUUAGGUCCUGAGAAGUGCAACAAAGCUUUUGAAACCUACCUAAAGCAACUGUUGUUCUUUUACCAAGAUCUCUUGGUGCUUGGUUUUAUUUUCCACUUUAUUGUUUGAUAGUAUUAACCUUUAGGCUGCAAACGACAACCAGUGCAGACCAAGAUCCUUUGGAACAUUCCUCCAUUUAAGAUAUUUAAGGGUGGUAAUGAUUUAUAACUACAGAAUGAAAAACUCUUUAGUUUCCAAAGAGUUACUUCAAAUGUAAGAAAAAGUCCAUUGCUAUUCUAAUUGUUUUUGAUGCUACAUCAUGGGGUAUUUUUCCACCUUUUUAUUGUUGGUUAAAUUGAUAAAAAAAUGGUAAUUAACUGUGUUCAUUAACAUAAUUUAUGCAUUAUUUUUUCAAAUACAUUAUUUUUGCAUGUUUUCAUCUUUUCUUUUCAAUUAUUUUAAUAAAAAAAAGCAUUUUUAGUGAAUAUAUAUUCACCAAAACAAAUUUAAAAUUAAUUUUGAUUUCAAAAAUUAAUUUUGUUACCUAUUUAAUAUACAGUAUUGUUUUGAUUAUGAACAUUAAUUCAAUUAUAUUGUGGGUAAGAUUUCUACCAUAGUUUACAGUUAACUCCAUUGCAGCAAAAAUGGCUUAUAAUAAAAAAUACUGCUUUAAAAUGAUUUUCAAAAUAUAUACAAUGUACAUAGUAAGCAUUUAUACUAACAAACUCUAAAUGAGCCGCCUCACAACAAAACCAACAUAGUGCGUUUGCGACCAGCAUGGAUCCAGACCACUAUGUUGGUUUUGUCGUGACGCGACUCAAAUUAGCUUCAAAAUUCAUGUCCAAAUUUGCACUUCUCUGUUGCUUAUUUUAGUCAUGCUGACUGAGUGAUUUUAGGGAGGUUUGAAGAUGGCCGCCUAUUUCUGUAGUUCACAAGAUAAUUGACAAAAAUUUUAAAUGUUAAUGGAAUGUUCAGAGGAAGCCUACUUGAGAUUUUGAUGGUUAUCGAAUAAUUGUACUUAACUUAAUACAUAAAUAAAGUGUAUUAUUCUUACAUUAGUUUCAAUAUUACAAGAAUAAAAGUGCUUUCUGUUUGUAUAAAAGUGCUAUUUCACGUAAAAGAUUGUUUUGCAUUAUUUAUUGGUUUAGUUUAAUGCAUGUUCAUAAAUAAAAAUACUGAAAUUGUA